UCAUACAGUGAUAGUACUGGGUUUCUGCUUUGCCCUCUGGAUCACUCUCCACUAUACCCUCUGCUCCUGUUGGCUGACCUGGAUGGAUCAUAUCUAGGUGGCCCCUGACCUCUGGCUUCUGGCAAUGUGUCCAGUGGGAAGUACUGGCAGUUUGAAUAGGAAACAAAGUCAUCAAAUACAUCCCUGAAUUACGAACAGUCAUGCCUUGACUUCAGCAGAGGGACCUGGAGUAGGGCUGAGGAGGAACAUCCCAGAAGACUAUGAUGGGGAGAGGAUGUAUAAGCAACUGCUCCGUUCCUACCCUUCCUGAGCCCCCAUGGCACUGAGGUAAAGAGGAAGGAAGUGGCUGUAUCACCUCCCCAUCAUGCUCCCUUCUCUGGUCCUCCUGUGCAGCCUCAAGCACGUCACUUCUGGGAUAGCUCUCGUUUUCAUGAACAAGGGAGUCACCUGGUUUCAUCAUCUCUCAUCCACUGGUCGUGAGAGUAGCUGGCUGGGCAAACAUCUGCUUUCUGCUGUUGUCAAUCAGGGAAAUACAGAUCAGGCAGAGAUGUUGCCAACUAAGAAGAACGCUAUUCUCGUGAAUGGAGUUGUACUGAAUGGCCCCACUACAGAUGUAAAAGCAGGAGAAAAAUUUGUUGAAGAGGCCUGCAGACUAAUCAUGGAAGAGGUGGUUUUGAAGGCUACUGAUGUUAAUGAGAAGGUUUGUGAAUGGCAGCCUCCUGAACAACUGAAGCAAUUGCUCGAUCUGGAGAUGAGAGAUGUUGGGGAACCACACCACAGACUGCUAGAGCUCUGCAAGGAUGUCAUACGUUACAGCGUCAAAACAAAUCAUCCAAGAUUUUUCAACCAAUUAUAUGCUGGACUUGAUUAUUAUUCUCUGGUGGCCCGCUUUAUGACAGAGGCAUUAAACCCAAGUGUUUAUACGUAUGAGGUGUCCCCAGUGUUUCUGUUAGUGGAAGAAGCGGUUCUGAAGAAAAUGAUUGAAUUUAUUGGCUGGAAAGAAGGGGAUGGAAUAUUUAACCCAGGUGGUUCAGUGUCCAACAUGUAUGCUAUGCAUUUAGCUAGAUAUAAAUAUUGUCCUGAUAUCAAGGAAAAGGGCCUGUCUGGGUUGCCAAGAUUAAUCCUUUUCACAUCUGCAGAGUGUCAUUACUCUAUGAAGAAGGCAGCCUCCUUUCUUGGUAUUGGGACUGAGAAUAUUCACUUUGUGGAAACAGAUGGAAGGGGUAAAAUGAUACCUGAGGAACUAGACAAACAAGUCUUGCAAGCUAAAAAAGAGGGAGCAGCACCAUUUCUCGUCUGUGCCACGUCGGGUACAACCGUGCUGGGAGCCUUUGACCCCCUGGACGAAAUAGCUGACAUCUGUGCAAAGCAUGGUCUCUGGCUUCACGUGGACGCUUCUUGGGGUGGCUCAGCUUUGAUGUCAAGGAAAUACCGAAAGCUUCUGCAUGGCAUCCACAGAGCUGACUCUGUGGCCUGGAACCCACACAAGAUGCUGAUGGCUGGAAUUCAGUGCUGUGCUCUUCUUGUAAAAGACAAAUCUGACCUUCUGAAGAAAUGCUAUUCCGCAAAGGCCUCUUACCUAUUUCAGCAGGAUAAAUUCUAUGAUGUCAGCUACGACACAGGAGACAAGGCUAUUCAAUGUAGUAGAAGACCGGAUGCAUUCAAGUUCUGGAUGACUUGGAAGGCCCUGGGAACAUUAGGCCUAGAAGAAAGAGUUAACCGUGCUCUUGCUUUAUCUAGGUACCUAGUAGAAGAAAUCAAGAAAAGAGAAGGAUUCAAGUUACUGAUGGAACCUGAAUAUGCCAAUAUUUGCUUUUGGUACAUUCCACCGAGCCUCAGAAAGAUGGAAGAAGGACCUGAGUUCUGGGCAAAACUUAAUUCGGUGGCUCCAGCCAUUAAGGAGAGGAUGAUGAAGAAAGGCAGCAUGAUGCUGAGCUACCAGCCCCACCGGGGGAAGGUCAACUUCUUUCGCCAGGUGGUCAUCAACCCUCAAGUGAGCCGGGAGGACAUGGACUUCCUCCUGGAUGAAAUAGACCUGCUGGGUAGAGAUAUGUAGCCAUGGUUUUUGGUCCCCCAGAGGCCACCAGGCAUCUGGGGAUGCAUAGAGAUCACAGUUCUUCUGGUGGGAAUAGGAAACAUGCCCCAUCCAGGCCCAGCAAAAGCAAAAUGCUAAGCGAAUAACAUUAAUGAUUCUUUAGCUGCCGAGGUACUAUUGUCUAUGAAGCAGGAAGAAGAAAAUGGAUUUGCUCAAGCAAUGUCCCUGAGACAGGUCCUCAAAAAGAGUGUAGCGACGACAAUGUGGGUUGUAAGCUGUCAUUGAACUUUAAAGAAUAUAUCAAUUAAUAGUUUGAAGCAGUGGCUUUCUGCAUGUGGCCACUAGAUUAGUAGCAGCAGUAUCACUGGGAGCUUGUUAAAAAUGCACAUUCACAGUUCUGACCCAGGCAGACUGAAUCAGGAGAUCUUUGGGUGGAGCCCAGUGUUCUAUAGUUUUAUGAGCCCUUCAGGUGAUUCCAAGGAGGCAAGGGGAAAUCUGAGAGCAAGACAUUUAGUGAAACCUUGUAAUGACUGAGUAAUCACUCUUGAGAUUUGCUAGUAAAGGGAUAGCUACUAUUUCAGUGAGCCCGGAAACAGUCUUUGAAAGUACUCUGGUAUCUGAAGCACACAUAUUUAGGGGCAUCAGACAUUUGUCAAAGCUAUUUUUUAAAAGGGAAACUAUGUAAGAUGUUGACCUUAUAUAGAUAUAUCUUUAAUGCAGGCUGAAUGGCUGAAUGUUUACUCCAAAAACUUAAAAUUAACCAUGUUCUAAUUAUUUAAAUUAGAAAUAAGGGUAAGAGUCCUAAUUAGCUAGCAACCAUCCUAAUUUACUUCCCCAAAACAUCCAUGUUAUUAGCUGGGAGUGGACAUUUGAUAUGUCUCUAUGUACAUUUUUGUUGUUUUGAGAGUACCUCUUCAUAUCUUGUCCUUUGCUUAUAGGAAGUAACCAGAAUGAAUGAAGUACAAGAUUAUAAAGCAUUCCCAUUGUCAAACUUUGAAAUGUCAGUAUGGAUUAAGUGGUUUAUAUUGGGCAGAAAAUCUGGGAAUUGGUGGUCUUUCAGUGCAGGCUCCUCCAUUUCCCCUGGGAAUGGAUGAUUGCAAUUCUAUCUCUGAUUCCAGUCUUAGAUUUAUGGGACACUAUCAUUUGUCUAAGAAAUAAACAGGAGUCAAAGGUCUGGGUGCAGAGUAUGAAAAGGCAAAAAUUAUGAAUCUAAUUAGAGCUCUGACUUGGAAGGCAAAUGAUUGAAGAGUGUUUGAAAAUUACACUUUGCAUACAAUGACCUUUUCAUACCACAUCAACUUAUAUCAUUGAAACUUCAAAAAUCUUAAAGCAGAUGUGUAAUGUUUGUUUUCAUUCUGUUUUGCGGUGUGUGUGCUUUCUCAGUAUCUCCAUUGGUCAAAGGGUAUUUUAAAUCUGUCACUGAAUUACUUCAAUCUCUAGUGAUAACUGUGUACAUAUUUGUGUGUGUUACAUUUCUUGUUGCCUCUUUGUUUUAAUGUUUACAUAAAUGCCCUGAUAUUGAUGUUUGCAAUCAUUUGGGUUUCAUGAAAUAAAAAGCAACAA